GGGUUUUCCAAAACACUCAUCAUGCCUGGUCCAUCGCCUCGUACCGUUGUGCGUGUUGGGUCGAGGCGCAGUAAUUUGGCACUUCUCCAGACUGGAAUGGCAGUUAAUUUACUUCAAAAACAAAAUCCACACAUUCUGUUUGAAGUUGUAGAAAUGGCAACUGUCGGCGACAGAAUUCUAGAUGUUUCAUUAUCAAAGAUUGGUGAUAAAAGUUUAUUCACAAAGGAACUUGAAAAUGCCCUACUUAGUGGAGAAGUUGACCUUGUCGUACACUCACUUAAAGAUGUCCCAUCAAUCCUUCCUUCCGGCUUAGUCCUUGGGUGUGUAUUUGCCAGAGCAUCUCCUGAUGAUGUUGUUUUGAUGGCUCCACAUUAUCGUGGAAGAAAACUUUCUGAUCUCCCUAUCGGAUCUACAGUUGGAACAAGUGCUGUUCGGCGCGUAGCCACACUUACACGCAAGUAUCCACAUCUGAAGUUUGUAUCCAUACGUGGAAAUUUAAACACAAGGCUUGCCAAACUCGAUACUCCUCCAGCUUCCAAGGAUAAUUGCUGUUUAACCAAUCCAUCUCAAAGUUAUGAUGCGAUCAUCCUGGCUAAGGCGGGUGUUGAAAGGAUGGGCUGGUCGCACCGUAUCGAUCAGGUUUUAACCGAUUCUUUUUAUGCUGUAAGUCAAGGUGCAUUGGCGUGUGAAUGUCGUCAAAUCGAUAAUUUCAUCAUGAAUUUGUUAUCGGGCAUCCAUGACGAGUCAGCUGCCUUAACAACUAUUGCUGAGCGCAGUUUAAUGCGUCAACUUGAUGGUGGUUGUUCUAUCCCGAUCGGCGUGCGCAGUGAUCUUGUUUUAAAAGGAGACUUGAACUAUUCUCAACUUACUCUUCAUGCAAAUAUACUAAGUGUUGAUGGUGGUAAGAGUGUAGAAAGAUCUGCCUCCGUUGUUUUCCCGGAUAAAAUGCCCAUAAAUGAUUGUGUGGAGUCCAGUUGCAAAUCAGUGCAAAAAUCGAGCGGUUAUGAUGAUGCUAGCACAAGUGCACCAAUAGUCGAAAGUAGGGGGACAUCACUAACCUCUCCUACUAAAGAUGAGUUAAAAGCAGCAUUGGAUGCAGCAUCUAUAUUUAUGGGAGUUUUAGUUACUCCAUCAUCCGAAAUUUCCCGUCUCAGAAUGGCUAUUGCUCAAAGUUUGGGUUGCGUAGUAGCACAAAGUCUUCUUCUUUCCGGUGCUGAUGAGAUUCUUUAUGAAAUACGCUCCCAAUCUAGUGGGUGAACUAAAUUCCAAUCAAUAGAUAUUGGUUUACUUCAAAUGACUAUCCUUGCAUUUUGUUUUGGUUCUUUCAUAAUUUAUGCUCUCAUAUUGUUUAUCUUUUUUUCUUCAUAGAGAAGUAGAUUUGUCAUGUUUACAUGUAAAUUGUUUAUUAAUGUUGCCCCAUAGAUUGUAAAUACUAACAUUGUGAAAAUAAACGUUUGCGAUUAAAA